CGCUGAGUGCGUCCUUACGUCAGUGUUGGUCGAGACAUCGCGGGAAGGGGACACGCCGCUCAGCACUCACACCAAUAAUGGGGCAACACGUGUCAAGGACGGACUUUGAGUGGUCCUACACAGCUGAGCCUCACGCCUCCAGACGGAAGGAAAUACUGAAGAAACACCCAGAGAUCAAGGAACUGUUUGGCAAUGACCCCAACUUGAAGUGGUGGGUGUUGGGCCUGGUGAGCUUCCAAUUACUGUCCCUCUUUGUGAUAAAGGACCUGCCCUGGCUGUGGGUCUUCCUCCUGGCGUACUGCAUUGGCGGCACCAUCAACCACUCCCUCAUGCUGGCCAUCCACGAGAUCUCUCACAACCUUGCCUUUGGACACUCUAUGCCACUUGCCAAUCGUUUCCUUGGGAUAUUUGCAAACCUUCCCAUUGCAUUGCCUUUCUCAGUGUCAUUCAAAGGGUACCACCUGGAACACCACAAAUUCCAAGGAGAUGAGAAGCUGGACACUGACAUCCCUACCUGCCUGGAGGCACGACUAUUCUGCACCACUUUUGGGAAGCUGAUCUGGAUGAGUCUGCAGCCACUGUUCUAUGCUCUAAGGCCUGUUAUCACUUACCCCAAGACUCCCACACUCCUGGAGGUCUUCAACACCAUAUUACAACUCACCUGCAACUUCUUGGUGUUUUACUAUUUUGGAGGCAAGGGCAUGUUCUAUCUGGCUGGGGGAUCCUUGCUGGCCAUGGGGCUUCACCCAGUGGCUGGACACUUCAUCUCUGAGCACUACAUGUUCCACAAAGGUUUCGAGACAUACAGUUACUAUGGGCCUCUCAAUUAUGUUACCUUCAAUGUGGGCUAUCACAACGAGCACCACGACUUCCCCUAUGUCCCUGGGAGCAGACUACCCAAGGUGCGGGAGUUGGCGCCAGAGUACUAUGACCACUUGCCUCGCCAUGAGUCUUGGGUGAAGGUGAUCUAUGACUUCAUCACUGACCCUGCCAUUGGUCCCUAUGCAAGGAUCAAGAGGAAGCAUGCAGGUUUUCUCAAGGACGAGUAAUGAGAGGAGGAACUAAAGGAUGUAGAGUGAGUCAUGGGGUGGGACACUGUAUGCCAAAUUUGGUAUGAGAUUGGCACAUAUCUGUUGGUGGCUUAGGGUUCAUGAUGCUCAUGGUUCUGGUUGUAUGAGUGUCUCCUCAGUCACUGUUACUGGGGGAGGUGAUUGGAACUUCAUUCCGAGUUCCAGGCAAGGAAGCUCAUCAUUUUCCCGUUUGGUGAGAUGUUGCAUAAUUUUGUGAUGCUCAGUAAUGUUCAGCAACACUAUUUUAACAGGAUAGUGUUGAAUGGUUAAGGAAAGGAAUCUCAGUAGCCUUUGUUGUAUCUUGAUUGUGACCUGAGAUGGUGAUUCUGUAGCAAUAGAGAAAAAAUUUUUCCUAUUGCUACAUGACACAGCUUGGGUUGAUUCUCUGCAUGUAAGUUAGAUUAUGAUAUCAGUGUAUGGUUGAUAAGGGAAUGGUUGGAUCACUCCCUCAUCAUUAUUCCAUUAGUGUUGCCUUUCUUACCAAGAAUACAAGAUGAUGUAGAGCAAGUUCUUUUUCUUACUGUUUGUUAUAUAAUAGGACAUGCCCAAACAAUUUGUCCUUAAGAACACUCAGCUGGUAAUAGUAAGAGCACCAACUUGCAUUAAUUGAACAUAUUUUGAUACUUGAUAAAUGGUAUAUUACUGAUUGCUUCCUUCUGCAUCAUUCUUGAGGCAUAAUACUGUAGCAAUAGACAUGGGAAUACCUUAUACAUUAGCUACUACAUGCAAGGGUGUAAUGGGCCUGUUGACCUCACACUUGACAGUAUUAGAUCAACUGCCAGAUUGAGCUGUUAACAUCAUCGCACAAAACUACCCUCCUGAGGGAGAAUGAUAGCUUUGUGGUUCCCUCAUGAAAUUGAAACUUGGAACCACUUGUUGGUGAGGAGCAGUCACCUUAAGCUUGUGGUGGAUGAGACAUAAGUGUUCUUAAGUGGCAUCAGGGUUUACAUUGGGAAAGGUUGUUGUAAAUAAUAUUGAGAUCUUGCUACUGUGUGGAAUAAGUUUUCAUUGAUGGAUUUUUAUAUACUUUUUAAAUUUAAGAAAACUUUUUCUCAGAUUCCAGAUACUCAGUUUUGGGAGAAUUUACAUAAUGGGGGAUUAUAUAAUUAUAUCAUCAAAAUUUAGACAGAAUGGAUUUGUGAAUCUGUUCAUCCAAUGUGGAAGUUGAUGUUUUUUUUCCUCUGUGUGUUAGGUUGGCCAUUCUGUAAUAGGUAAAGGCGUGUUCCUGGUUGCUGCUGUUGUCUAUCCGUCAAGUGGGUGUAGGUAUGACGAAGGAGAAGACUGCUUGCUGCAUUGCUUUUUUUCUUUUUACCUAAAUUUAGUCAUGACCAUUGUUGGGCACCAGUAUCAGUAAAAUUUACUGAAAAGGAUGAAUGAUAAAAAUGUUAGUUCUGUGAUUUUACUUUUACCAGGUUUUCAGUGAUUCAUAGCCAUUAUAAUUUUUAUAAAGAUUUAUAUAAAAAUAAACAAAGCUUGAGAAUCCAUAGAAAAUGUUUAUGGUAAUCUGAGAAAAAAUAUUUUCUACAAAUUUUGCAACAACUCGUACAGGGAAUUUUGCCUCAUAGUCAAAUUGAGGUUCAAAAAUGCAUGAGACAGAGAUCUCAUUGUCUAGAACUUCUUUGUGUUUGAUGUUUGUAAUCUAGCUAAUUGUAGAAGUUUGGUAAUAGAGAACUGGGAAUUCAAGGUUUGAUAAAAGAUAGCUGAAGGGUCAAGUUGGCAAUGAUAUCAGAGAACUGAGAAAGAACACUUAGUUGCUAAAAAUCUCAUUUGGCAAAAGUCAACGACAGUAGACAAAUCACUGAAUUACUGGAAAAUUGAUUUCCAGAGAAGGAAGUAAACUUUCAGUUAUAGUCUAAUGGAAAUAGUAAAUGGAUAAUUAUCAGUAAUUGUAUUAUUAGUUUGGUGCCCAACUUUGAUUGUCGGUGUGUCCAAAGAUUAUUGGGUGGGAGAAAAAAAACUCACCUAAAUACCUUAGGAAUUUUCAUACCUAAUUAUUGAAGUAAAGAUCUCUUCAUUUAUUGAAUGUUGACUUAAAACAGCUUUGCUUGUGUUGUGUAAUAAAUAUGCUUGUAUUCACACUUGUGAAUACAGGUGUACUUGAUUGCAUUUGCUUCUUGUAAAAAAAAUGACAGUUUAAUUUAUUCUAGAAAUACAUUGCCCUUCCCAUAUUUUUGUCUUGUAGAACCAUUGAGAUGUUCUGAAUUGUGGGUAUGACCAUAGGUGAGUGUUAUUGCGAUAUCGGGUUAUCAGUUAUCUGAUGAUUAUUUUUCUUAAAUUAUCAAUUCCUUGGUAUCACCAAUACUAGCGAUAAUUGAUAAUUUUAGUUUUUGGUUCCUGCUUAGCACAGGGACAAGCCACGUGUGCCUUGGAGGCAGAAAUAGGUAGAUCUGAGCUGAGAACUGAACAUAUAAUGAAUGGAGUGCAGGGGGCCAGUUUUGACAUCUCAGAACACUUGCUCAGUUAGUCUCACCAGCUAGACUAGAGGUCAUGAGGUGUUGCUCCUGUGUGCUCCCAGUUUUAUGCAUUCUUUGAUGAGCUUGUUUUAAACUUUCAAAAUCAAAUAUAGUAAUUUUACUUGAAACUACUUUUCAUUAGUGAAGAGACAGGAUAAACUUUGAAUUUGAAUUUUUCUAAGAUUUUUUGUAAGUUUUCCAAGAUAAAGAUAAAAAUAAAGAUUUGGAUUUAUCAUUUUUUUUAUUCAAAAUAUCAAUAUCAUUAUCGCUAGUAUUGGAAUUUUGGAUGUAUCAAUUUAUUUGUUAUUACCAUAUCAAGAGAUAAAUUUGUAGCCAGUUAUCGAUUAUCGGUUAUCGGUGAUAAGGUUAUUGUUAUCAGUUUAUCAGUUAUUGUGAUAAAAUUUUUUCGUUAUUGCGCCUACCUAUGGGUAUGACGACCAUCCUGCUAUGAAGAAAUUGUACAAUGACUACAUCCAUGUGCUCCCCAUAGUGCUGGGUUGAGUACAGUGAAGGAAUAUGUGUAAACCUGCUGAUAUUGAUCUGUUCCAUUAUUCCAGGUGGAAACAGUCUGCUGUGAUAGGUUGACUUAGGUUAAGCCUCUCAUUUUGUCACCCCAAGGCUUCCAGAUCAAAUUCUUAAAUACUCAAUGUUAAUGGUGCACUAAUAGGUCUGACUAAGGUUUUAAGGCAUGUUUGUCCAAUUGUUAACUUGUGUGAGAGCUGAAACAUUUCCCAGGCUUUCUUGUAUGCCACUUUGUUGCACUCUGAUGGCAUUUUCUUGAUUUUAUGAUGGGGACGUGUGUUGAUGAAAGGUUUUAAGGGUGAUUAAAUAGCCUCAAGGAAGUGAGGCUGCAGAAUUGUGCCAGCCAUGUACCAAGUCUCAAGGUUUUCACUUUAGCUACAUUGAUGUGGACUUUCAUCUAGUUUUUGCAUCACAGAGGCUUACAGGCAUUGUUAUUGUCAGGCAUAAUGCUUUAAUGUAAAGGGCCUCAGAAGGUCUAUCAGUUUCAGUAACAGUAUUUUAUUUUUAUUAAAAUCUCUCUCUCUCUCUCUCUCUCUCUCUCUCUCUCUCUCUCUCUCUCUCUCUCUCUCUCUCUCUCUCUCUCUCUCUCUCUCUCUCUCUCUCUCUCUCUCUCUCUCUCUCUCUGAAUAUGACAACAUGCAUUCUCAUGAUUUAAUUGUAAUUGGUCAUCAGCUCUGUACCUGGUCAUUCAUCAACCUAUUUUUAGUCUCCAUUAUAAUUUUGUGCCCAUAAUUAUUCCAAAAUCUUUUGAACAGAGUGCUCAUUUUGUACAUGUUUAAGGUAUCUUAUUUGUCUGUUAAUUUUCCAUAAUGAAGUGAGAUGGAUUAUAUUAUACCAUAACAUCUGAGAUACUACUGUUUUGACUCAUUUUACAUGUGCCAUGUGCACAUCUCUGGGCCUGCUAGAAAACUUGUUCUUUGUUUUCUUCAUCUCUACUUCCCAGUACCAGUGCCUUACUUGCCUCCUAAUAAAAGGUAAUUAUGCUUGCAAGUGAGCAAACACAGUUAUUUGCCUAGAUUGACCCCAGAGUCAUUUAAAAGGAAGCAUAUGGCAUGUCCAACUAAAAAUGUUGUUUCUGAGCCAGAACUUGUACUGUAAGGCAGGUAUGUGAUUUGCAUAUAGGUAAAAAUGAGUUCAUACAGUAGUGCAGUAUAUCCUUCGGGAGAGACACCCACAGAAGGAACAAGUAUAAAAUGAUCUCAGUUUAUUUUACUUGAGUGAUGUUAACAUAAUGUUUUUGGUGGUGCUAAAGGUAUUUGAGUUUGCAAGUGCUCGUAUUUUAACAUGAAUCUUAUUGAUAGCAAUAAAACACUUAAGGCCAUAAGUAAGCUAUCCAUGAUUUUAUCACCAGCCAACAUAUUGCAGGGUGGGAAGUAGUAUUAGUGGUAGCACAAAAAAAUUUGUUGCACUUUGGCAGUGUAGGCAAACAUUUACUUCUUUGAAAGCAAAUCUGUUUAGGCUUGCCCCAUUUCAGUUGCUGUCCUCUAUAUGCAGUUAUUUUUGUCUUCAGUCAUCUCUUCUAACUGAGACAAUGUGUGAAUGCUAUGGAUAUGCUUCCUUGAGGUGGCUUGAAUUGAAUGAACAAGGAUUGACGUGUUGUGCAAAACUUCAUUGACUGUUGGAUUAAUCAAUGUUGUCAAAAUGGUAUGGCUGUUUUUGAGAAUACUGGAGAUUUAAUAGUGUCAUAAUACUCCCCUUUGGGAGGGAUGAGAGCUACACACAUCUUGCAAGCAGUGAAAGGUUAGAAUAAACUCCCUUGAAACCCUUCACAUGGUGGGCCUGAAAAUGCACAGCCAAAAUGUUGGGAAAUUAGGUCCAAGGUACCGUCACUCCUGUGCAGCUGCUCACCAAGGAUCAGGUGUUGCUGUGUACUUCACCGUGGAAGACACAUCUGGUAGGGUUUUUGUGAUCAUAUCACACUAUUUUAUUUUCUCUGAAAUGGUCUGCUGCUGCCUUGGAUUCUUGUCACAGCCAUCCUGCUCAGCAGGAAAUAGAGGUUAUAAUUAAUUUGAAUGAGAGAUUAAUUUCCUGCAACUGUUUUGAAGAAAUAUAUUGUCAAAUUGAA